AUGACCGACCCUAUACCCUACAAUCUUACCAUCCCCUCUCAAGACGCUUCUCUCUCCUACUUUCCUUUACGGGGUUCGUCGAACACCACGGGUGAUGGUUGGGUACUUGCAUAUUCAGCGGGUCUACUUCCUGGGAACUAUUCGGGGCGUCAAGGGAAAGGUGCAGACUAUCACACAACAACUCGGGCGGGUUCGUUCGUACAAAUAAACUGGAUAGGAACUGGAAUUUAUUUCUACGGGAAUGCAACGUCGGGCGCGUACAAAAUCGCAGUGGAUGGCAACAAUGUAGCUGUGGCGGGGUUGAAUGCCUCAAACGGGGGCUUGUUGGGAAGUAAGGUCGGAUUGCGAUACAGCCAGCACAGUGCGACACUUUCAGUUGUUCAGAAUCAAAAAGUCGCCUUUCAGUAUGCGCAGGUAACGAUUGGGUAUGGAUAUCCUGGUAACAGCAUCCAAAAUCGUACUGUUCAAGCCGUAGACGAUGAUGGUCCGACACGAAAACCAAAUAGUGAAUUCUUCAAUUUUGUGGGGAGUGACUCUGGAGGAUGGGCGGUGGAAGAGCAACAACGUAUGAUAACUUAUCCUAAUGGCACCGAAGAGCAAAUUACGCAUCAGAUGAAGACGAACCUAAAGGCCGAUUCGCUCAAGUUUAAGGUCAAUAAUAGUAGUGCCUUUGUGCUAUGGGGAUCGAUGUUCAAUGACCAUUUUCCCAAACGAGCCACAUUGACACCAGGUCCUCGCGGAGGUCCGACGAAAACUACCGACAUUUACGAUAUUUGUAACACGCUCGAUUUCCAACAAGUAUUCUACUGGGAGAGCGGACUGGACUACGAUACAACCUAUGAGGUGGAGAUUUCCAACAUCGACUCGGACAGAAAUUCGUUCUUGGCAUUCAAUAAGCUCGAGCUACUCGAUGGUGGGCCGGCCCCACCCCAACCUUCGUCUUUUCAGUCCAAGUAUAUUGCUGCCAUAGUGAUUCCCAUCGUUGCUCUAAUCACAGCGUUGAUUGCUGGUGUUCUUUUCUGGCGUCGCAGAAGACGGCGUCAGAAUCUCAUGAAAUACGAUGGUGUCCUAGAAUCGCCGGCUGAUGGCUCUGAGCACUCGAUUGAGCCCUUUCCACCACCCGAUCCCGCGGUCAAGAGGAACAACAACAACUUACGAGAGCUGGAUGCCGGACCUUUAUCCACGUUACCUCCUGAAUACGAUAACUCUUGGGCUGGUGGUACAGAAUCUCACCGAGAAGGAACACAACCAGAAUCGUCAGAGUCUUCUGGCACGACGAUGCCAAACACUGCCAGCUCUUCGAGGAGGUCUCCAUUACCUCCAAUCCCUGCAAAACGAUACGGGUAG